AUGGUCAAUUCGCCCAUCUACCCCCAUGAGCUCACAGGACGUACUAUUCGCCUGCUUACCGUCGAACCAGGCGACCCAGAAACCCCGCUGCAUUGCAACCUCACGGAAACAUGUCUGGAUACAACUCCGUCUUCUUACUACGCCUUGUCUUACUGCUGGGGCGCAAACCGCUCUCCUGUCCAGAUAAUAUGCAACUCCCAUCCUCUUCUAGUAACGCCCAACCUGCAUUCCGUCCUGCUCGAAUAUCGUCGCAGAGCAACCAGAAUCCCUCUUUGGGUCGACGCUAUAUGCAUCGACCAAUCUAAUAUCACGGAGCGCACAUCUCAAGUUCGCAUGAUGGACCAAAUUUACUCCGAAGCGGAGUGCGUCGUCGUCUGGUUGGGCGAAGCAGAAGCGCCCGAUGAGAUGGCAUUGUGGGUGUUGAAAGAACUGCAUCUGCCUUGGGCUGACUCUACAGAUAUGCCGGUGAUGGAGACUGGUGAACGUGCUCUGGUAUUAGAUGGGUAUUACGCCACGCACGUGCCGCAAGCGUACUGGAAUGCGCUGGCUGCGUUCCUCUUACGACCAUGGUUCAGCCGUAUCUGGAUUGUUCAAGAGCUUUUACUAGCACGUCAGGUGUCGAUCUGGUGUGGGUCGAGAACGAUUGACGACUUUCCUGUCCUUGAAACAGCCGCACGAUUAUCGCAGAUGAUAAGCUGCAUUCAUAUGCUCCACGCCGGGGUGAAGGCGAUGGCGUGGAAAGACGAAGACGCCCAGCAAGCAGCUGAGAAGAAGCUAGGGAAUGCGCAUGUUCUAUUCAUGAUCAAGUAUAUAAGAGAGCGGGCAAUGGGUGGUACACUGUCCCUCUUCGCGAUGACUAGAUGGUUUGAUGCCACAGAUCGGCGUGAUAAGAUAUUUGCGCUUGUCAGUUUAACAAGUGACAUUGAUAGGAGCUUUGUGGACUACUCUAAAAGCUACGAGGAAGUGAUCAAAGAACUUAAUCUCAUGUUCCUAGAUGGCAGGAUUGGGUCUAUGGGUUGUGUGCUGGAUAUCUGGUCGUUCAUCACACGGGCAGAGGAGGAGGAUAUCACGCAACCAAGUUGGGUCGUGGAUCUGUUGAAGGUGCUGGAAUCUAAGUACACAGCUAUGAUGACUGCAUACGCGACUUAUGAGAAGUCGAUGAUCGAACGUACCCCGGAGCUGCAGUUUGUGGAGAGAGACGGGAAAGAGGUCAUAGACAUCCGCGGCACCGUUUUCGAUACCAUAACGCACGUCAUCCGCUUCCCGACCGUGAGGGAUGCUGUAGGCGCGACACAGCUCUCUUUCGAAGCCAAAAACGCACAUGGGUAUCUCGACUGGAUCCAACGCGUGACGGAUCUCAUAGCACCAUCAGGUGACCUCACAAAACCAUCGUACAGCUCGGAAUCUUCCAACAUCUAUCAACACGGCGGAUAUAUUUUUGAAGCUUUUUGGCGCACUUUGUGCUGUAAUCGUCAAGCGGUGGAACCAAUAGAACCCCCUGUCGAUUUUCUCAGCUACGAUGCGUUUAUAGAGCUUCUUCGUCUCGUUAGAUGGCGCUAUGAAAUCCGUUUCAAAAAAUGGUUGUAUUUAGGCAUAGCAAUGGCCCCUUAUUCGGCUCUAGUGUAUCGCCUACGCAGGAAUAAGCUCCUGCUGCCCGCUACUCUACUGGCUCUUCCCACUAUAGUCCGCGUUUGUCAUAGAGCUUGGGAGAGUUUCUGGUAUGGCAUGCGGGUCUAUUACGAAGCUCAGCAAAAGGACUUCCAAAUCAUGCAUCUCCAGUGGACAGUGGGCCGACAGUUUGGUCUUACAAGACUGGGAAUGAUUGGCAUGCUGCCCAUCUCAGCGAAGGUAGGGGAUAGUGUCGGUUUCUUCGCUGGCAAUAGGGUCCCGUUUGUUUUGAGGAGGUCUGAAGGAGGCUACAAGAUCGUGGGCGAUGCAUAUUUGCAUGGGGUUAUGAACGGGGAAGGAGAGAAGAGCGAAGGGGAGAUGCUAACGAUAGUGUGA